AUGUUUUCAUUGGCGAAAAGAGGAUUGGUCUCGCAGAGAGGAUUGGUCUCCAAACAGUUGCUUAGAAGGAUGGGGGUCUCGACACGAUUGCAGCAGAAGGCCAACAAGCUGGUGAAUACAUUCACGUCCAACAUGUCCAACACGUCCCCUACGUCCGAGUCGUCACGUUUGACUCGAGUACCGCCCGUGAUGCAGAGCAACGGCAGACCGCAAAUCGCAGUCGACAAAGAGCUCCCCUACCCCUACGCCCGACGCGAUGAGAACAGAAAAUACUUUGUCAUCUUUGCCGUGGGGAUCACCGUUGCGUGCGCCGUCAUCUUCAACUAUGAAAAGUCGUCGUCGCCUAUCGUGGGCUCGGUUCUUUACUACUUGAGACGAUCCACCGUCGGGCAGGACGCCUUGGGCGGCGACAUUGAGUUUGCUUCGAGCUGGCCCUGGAUUUGGGGCACUUUGAACACGGUGCAGGGCCACAUCGACAUCAAGUUCAAAGUCAAGGGGUCCGAGCAGAGCGGAUGGCUAAUUUUGAAAGCAAAUAGGGAGUCAAAGAGGCAUCCGUUUAUUGUGGACAAGUUUCUUUUGGAGGUCGAUUCGAAGGAUGCAAAGGUGCAGUACGAUUUGAUGACCGACCCCGAGUACGAAUUUGACCUUUAA